AUGGCGGUGAAGGCUGCUCUACAAGAUGUCACCUUGUACCUGGAGGCCCAUGGACUUCCGGUUUAUCGUCUACAUGCGGACAAGGGCGAGACCUACAACCACACGAUCCGUUCGUGGCUUCGGGACCAAGGCAUCAGAGCGACAUGGUCAGAACCUGGGGUUCCUCAAGGGAAUGGCCAAGCGGAGACAAGUGUGAGGUGGAUAAAGGAUCGGGCCAGAACGUUGUUGAUGGCGUCAGGUCUUCCGGUUCGUUUGUGGCCGACGGCGGUGGAGGCGGCAACGGCGUGUCAGAGGGCAAGAGUGCUUGGUUGGAAACAGAAAAUGCUAGUCCCCUAUGGUUCCGUGGUGCACGUGAAGCAAAAGGCCUUUGACUCCAGUGGUCCAAGGAGAAGAGAGCGUGCCUUUGAGUCAAAGUGGUUCAGAGGGAUCUACGUGGGACUGAGCAAUAUCCUGGACAAUGGGCACGUGAUCUACGUACCGGGCACCAAAGAUACUAAGGAGAAGUUUGUGCAUACGCUUCAUGCUAGGAAGAAGCUCGUGGACCCAGGACCGCCUGUCGAGGAGGCGGUGGUGGAUGAUCCUAAGCCCAGGAGGAGACUUGCGCAGAAAACACCACUGGAGGAUGUGGAGAUGCGGGCACUCAAGUUGAAGGGUGAUGACCUCGAUGAGUAUAUCAAGACCCGCUCAAGUAUUUUGUUGAGUGACUGGGACCAGGAGCAAGCCACCCGGUUUAUUGAUGAGCUAGCAACGUUCACGGCUAUUCAGGUUGCCCGGAAUAUGGACAAGGGGAUGCACCGUGACUUCAACAACGACGAGCGUGCAGUGAACUACGUGUAUCCAGUCAGGGUGCCGCAUCAUGGAGGUGAUCUGUGGGUUGAGUUGUGCAAGGGUGAUGCAGUGAAAAGGGAAAUAGUGGAGCGUGUAGAUGAUCGCGGAAAGAAGAUCUACGGCCAGAUCUACAGGAUGAGGUCUGGAAUGACUACGGUGUUUUCUCCAAGAAGGACCCAUGAGGUCCUACCGUGGGAAGGUGUACGUACGGUGGUGAUUGGCUACACUCCGCAGUGCUUGGGAAAGCUUGAUCAACAAAUGGUUAACGAGCUGGAGGAUCAUGGUUUCUCGGUCCCAUUGUCUCAGAUGCCAGACUACUUUACCCCGGAAGGAGUGGAGUUGAAGGCCUUGCAACCACCACAAGACGGCGCGGAGGAGGACCAGUUCCGUGAGGCGAACUACGCGGGCUAUGUGGACGAUACCGACCUCGAGGAGUGGGACAUGUUCGUGGAGGCAGACGAUGGUCUGGUGAAGGUGGGAACCAGUGAAGGGAUGCCUACGGAUCAAGAGGAGCUGGCUUUACAAAAGGUGGAAGUUACGUAUACAAAGAAUGUGGAGGAGAUCCUUCGCAACUUGAGCAGCCCUCUUGAAGUGACCUACACAGUGGACCCACGAGAAGUGCAUCAGAAUAUUGAGCUCUGGCGUUCGGCUAUUGAGCGUGAAGUGGCCAGUGUUGCAGUCGCAAUUUGCAAACUUCUUCCGGGAACGCCACAGAGAGCAGAAUGGAUGCACCGACCAGGCGCCCAGAAGCUACCCACCAAACUGGUCUUCACUGUGAAGCCGGGAGCAAACCCGGACCCGUCAGAUCCGAGUACAUGGUUCAAGAGAAAGGCGAGGCUGGUGGUCUGUGGCAACUACGCAUCAGCAGAUGGCUCCGACCUCUACUCCGAGACGGCGCCUUCAGAGUCAGUGAGGAUGGGUUUGGUGUAUUCCAUACGACAAAAAUGGAUGGUAGGACUGAUCGAUGUCGUUGCGGCCUUCCUACGUACACCGUUGAACUAUGAGGAGGGUGCCCCCACCAUCAUUGUUACUCCACCUCGACUGUUGGAGCGGUUGUCUAUGAUUCUUGAAGGUGAACUGUGGGGCCUGGUCCGGGCCCUUUACGGGCUGCGCCAGGCACCGGCCCUUUGGAGCGCCUACCGGGACAAGAGGUUGGAAGCAAUGAAGUUUCCCAUGGGCAUGAGGCUACAUCGAGGACGGACAAUAACGGCAUGGUGGGUCUUAAAGGACGAGAAGAGCAAGAUCCGUGCUCUCAUCAUAAUCUACGUCGACGAUAUCUUGCUCAUGGGCGAGGAGACGGUUGUCCGCGAUAUUGCCACAACAGUUCAGGAGGAGUGGACUACUUCGCCACUUACUAUCCUUCGUCCGGGAGAACCUAUCAGAUUUCUUGGGACGGAGAUGGAAGUGGAUCCUGACCACAUGACUGUGUAUUUGAGUCAGCGCGGCUACGUUGAGGAGGUGGUCAGGGCUUACGGGUUUAGCGAAGAAGAUAAGGCGAAGAUCCCUUUGGCCAAGGACCUCGCAAGCUUCGAGUGGAUCGAAGGGGACUUGGAACCAACUCCAGAUGCAGUGGCGAGUGCUCAGCGAGUGACUGGAGAAGUCAUGUGGAUGGCUCACAAAACCCGAGCAGAUGUAGCUUACAGCUCAAGCUUGAUGACGUCAAUCACCCUGAAGGCUCCGUUCCGGUGUUUAAACAUAGGCUACAAAGUCUUAAAGUACCUGUACGGCACGAGAGACUACAAGUUGGCAAUUCGAGACGAUGGAAGCGGCCUGGUGCUCUACCCGGACGCAGCGUUCGCUCCGAGUAGCGGGAGAUCCCACACUGGAUGGCUGGUGUGUUGGUGCGGAACGCCGAUAUGUUGGAGGAGCUAG